AUGGGAGGACCCUAUAUGCCCAAAACAGCCGGAAUGGGCCUGCGCCCAACGAUUCCCCUCGAUGUACCAAUAUGCGCCGUCUUCCUCGCUCUGUUCGUCGCUGGCGCCGCCUGCCACAUGACCCUAUUCCGCCGCAACCUCGCCAGAGGACACAAAUUCAUUCCAUCAGCCAUGACAUUCGGUUUCUGCAUGUCCCGAAUCGUCGCUAAUGCAAUUCGCAUUGCUUGGGCUUGUCAUCCAACAAAUAUCAGUCUUGCUAUCGCGGCACAGAUCUUCGUUGCCGCUGGUGUGCUGUUGCUAUUUAUCUUAAACUUGCUCUACGCACAGCGUAUGUUCCGGGCUGUCUAUCCAAUUAUAGGAUGGUCUCGUCCUGUAUCUUGGGCAUUUAAGGUGCUCUAUGGUCUCGUUGUGGUUACUAUAAUUAUGGUCAUUACUUGUGUUGUUCAGAGUAUGUACACUUUGAACACCAACACCCUCCGGAUCGAUCGCGACAUUCAACUCUACGGCCAGACAUACUUCGCUAUUAUCUCAUUCCUGCCCAUGCCCCUUCUUUUGGCUGUUCUUCUGUCGCCAAACAGGAAGCGAAUGGAACAAUUUGGCUCCGGCACCUGGGUCGCUAAAGUGUUCAUUGUCAGCCUUGUCGCUGUACUUCUUUGCCUUGGCGCUUCAUUCCGCGCUGCUACAUCUUGGAUGAAGCCUCGUCCUUUCACACAUCCUGCCUGGUACCACAGCAAAGCUUGCUUCUAUGUGUUUGACUUUGGUAUCGAUAUCAUGGUUGUGGCUCUCUUUUUCGUUGCUCGUGUCGACCAACGAUUCUGGGUUCCAAAUGGUAGCUCGAAAGUGCGCCAUUAUCGAGGCGUUGAGGAUAACGAAGAGAAAACACAAGGUUUCCAAACUGAAAGCGCCCUUCAAAAGGAAGGCGAGCGAGAGCUUGAGAGUCGAGGCAGUAGCAUGUCUCGUGAUUUGACGGAAACAAAAUAG